CACUGCGAAUGAGUGAAACCGUAAGAAACCCCUCCUUGUAACCCUCCCUCCGAGCUUCUCUGCUCUUCUCCGAGGCUCUCUUUGCCUCUAAUAAAUAAAAAUAAAUAAAAUAAAUAAUUGGUCCUUCCCUUCUCCUGCUACCUUUCCUAUAUAUAUAUUAGGUAGCCAUAUAUAUUUAUAAAAAAAGGACAAGAUGACGAUCCGUAUUGAGCAACAGGAGGCCGUUAACACCGCUGCUCCCGCAGUGGUGGAUCAGAAAAACAAAGUCGGAGAAGUAAAAGAGGAAUUGGUUUUGGAUGGUGGGUUUGUGGUGCCCGACAAAGUCGUCUCCAGCAAUGGAUUUGCAGCCCCCGAUAUUAACGCCUUUGGCAAUUCAUUUAGAAACUACAAUGCAGAGAACGAGAGGCAGAAGACGGUGGAGAAUCUUUACAGGCAACAGCACAUUACCCAGACCCUUGAUUUCGUGAAGAAGAUGAGGGCAGAGUAUGGGAAGCUGGACAAGGCAGAAAUGAGCGUAUGGGAGUGCUGCGAGCUGCUCAACAGCGUGGUGGACGACAGCGACCCAGACUUGGACGAGCCCCAAAUCCAGCACUUGCUGCAGACCGCCGAGGCCAUCCGCAAGGACUACCCUAACGAGGAUUGGCUCCACUUGACCGCCCUUAUCCACGAUCUAGGGAAGAUUCUGCUGCUUCCUCAGUUCGGUGGGCUGCCCCAAUGGGCCGUGGUGGGCGACACAUAUCCACUGGGCUGCGCCUUCGACGAGUCCAACGUCCACCACAAGUACUUUGCGGAGAACCCGGACAGCAAAAACCCGGCCUACAAUACCAAGAACGGAGUCUACAAGGAAGGAUGCGGCCUUGACAGUGUCUACAUGUCCUGGGGCCACGACGACUACAUGUACCUCGUCGCCAAGGAGAACAAAACCACCCUGCCUUCCCCUGCAUUGUUCAUCGUCCGAUACCAUUCCUUCUAUCCUCUGCACAGGCACGGGGCGUAUAAGCAGCUGAUGAACAAGCAGGACGAGGAGGAUAUCAAGUGGCUCCACAUCUUCAACAAAUAUGAUCUGUACAGCAAGAGCAAGGUCCACGUUGAUGUUGAUGCAGUCAAGCCAUACUACCAAUCCCUCAUUGCCAAAUACUUCCCAGGGAAUAAGCUGAGAUGGUGAUUUGGCUACGAAGAGGAGGAAGGAGGCCGAUGAUGUGUUUGGAUGGAAGAGAGUGGUGGUGACGACAAUGGAAGCCAUCUCCCUCUUUUGUUUUCUUCUUUUUCUUUUGCAAUAUCUCUUCUUCUUUUUGUUGUUGUUUUUUUAAGAGGGAGGGGCUUAAGUAUAAUUACUAAGCUUUUGUCGGAUGAAUGGAUGGUGUGGAAGAAAGUUUGCUCAUCACUCCCUCUCUUUCACUAUGUUAUUUGAUAUUUUAUUUUAUUACAAUAUAAUAAUAAUAAUAAUAAUAAUAUAUCUAAAGAUGAAAAAUAUCUCGGAAGAGUGGUCCUGUUUCUGGGUUUGCUUUCAAAAGAAUGAAGUAUGUUAAUUUGU